UCUAUAAAGUCGGGCACAAUUUAACUGGUUUUAACAACAUUUUAGAAGGUGGGAUAGUCCCUUUAAGGUGACCGUUUGCCCCACUCUCCCCUUGUUCUCCCGCAGUGCGGCGAGGGCGCUCUGAGACUGCGGUACGAGGCGCGCGGUGACGACAGCCGGCCGGCGGCGGAGGGAGGAGGACGGACGGCGGAGGGCGGAGGGCCGGCUGCAGAUGAGCUCUCCGAGCUCGCCGGGCCGCGGGGGAAGUCCACACGGCUCCCCCAGUGACGAGCCGGCCGAGUCGGCCACCGAGCUGCACCACCUGUCGGCCGGCCACCCGCCGAUCGCCGACCGCGCCCAGUUCGACAACGACAAAAGGGCCGUCUACGAGCACCCACUGUUCCCGCUACUCGCGCUGCUCCUGGAGAAGUGUGAGGUGGCUAUGCGCUCGGCCGACGGCGGCGUCUCCGACUCCGUGGCCGCCGACGUCCGCGCCUUCGUGCGGCACCAGCACGGCGACCACAAGCUGCUGGCCGCCGCCCGACCCGAGGUCAACCAGCUGAUGGUGAAGGCCAUCCAGGUGCUGCGCGUCCACCUGCUCGAGCUGGAGAAGGUGCAGGACCUGUGCCGCGACUUCUGCAGCCGCUACAUCACCUGUCUGAAGGGCAAGCUGCACAGCGAGAAUCUGCUGCGGCCGGACUACGACGAGUCGCCGGCCAGCUCGCCCGGCUCGGCAACGCACCACAGCAUCAGCGGCGCCGUCCAGCAGAUGGUGCACCAGCACCAGUGUGAGCUCGGAGAGAGGUUUUAGCGGUGGGCGCCGCUCUACUCGGGCGCAGCUCCUGCCGCCGAUGUCCCUGCAGGGGCGCAGCGCCGGGCCGCCGCUCUACUCGGGCGCAGCGCCGGGCCGCCGCUCUACUCGGGCUCAGCGCCUGCCGCCGAUGUCCCUGCAGGGGCUCAGCGCCGGCCCAGAAGAGCGGUACCUAUUUGACUCCGGAAGUGUUUGGUCGUCCGCACAAGUGUGGUGGGAAGAUGUGCAGCAGCUCGGAGGAGCUCGCCGGUUUGGUGGUGCGCUGAGAGUGAGGACGCUGGACGCCGGACGGAGACGGGCUGCGGCAGGGCGGACUGCUGAGGACGCCGGACGGAGACGGGCUGCGGCAGGGCGGGCCGCUGCGGAGAGGGCGCUGGGGACGCUGCGGAGAGGGCGCUGGGGACGCCGUGACCGGGCCGGCACGGCCAUCUGUGAUAGUGCCGACCGGAACCCGCCGCGCCGGGUCUCCGCUCACGGCAUCGGGCCGCGGGCCGCCCGCGAUCAGCUGCAUCAGCGCUGAGCAGUCGGCAGCCAGCGGGUGAUAAUGUGUCCAUCCAUAAUAACAUGCGCUCGUCGAACAGACCCUGGUGCUCAAUUUUGCCUAGCGUUGCCGUCAUGUCGGUAGCCUGCUCAGUGCUCGGCAGUACAUGGGACGCCGCACUCUGCACCGUACUAUGAGUGGUUGAGGCUAACCGUAUUUGCGAGCUCUCGACGAGAGGGUUUUGGAAAGGCUAGCUACUGUAUGUAUUGGGUAAUAUAUCAAUUAGAAAUAACGAAGGCCUUCGGAUGCUGUGCUCGGUGU